AUGUCCUGUCCACAGGGAAAGAAAGCUCUGCCUCGCGUCACGCUGCUGUUACUUCUGAGCUUUCAGCUUCUCGUCACUCCUGUCUCGAAGGCCAAUGAGAAAAUGGACAAAUCUUAUUUCCUUACCACACUGGAGUUUGCCGUGCACACAUUCAACCAGAAGAGUCAUGACAUAUAUGCCUACAGGCCAGAAAAUGUCCUUAGUUCCUGGAAAGAGAAGGUGAAUUUUCCAAGUGUUUUCUCCAUGAGGCUUAAGAUGCGCAGAACCAGAUGCAAGAAAUUUGAGGAGAGCCUGGACACUUGUCCCUUUCAGAAGGGUCAUUAUCUGAAUAGUACCUUCAUCUGCCUGUUCACUGUCGGUAUCUAUCCAUGGAUAACCGAAUUCAAGCUCUACAAGCAUGAGUGCUCAUAG